AUGGACUAUACGACUUUUGCUGGGAAAUACCGUCUCGAGGAGGAAAUCGCGAACGGCGGAUGUGGGACAGUCUUCCUCGGCGUGCACACCGUCGCCGGCAAAGAAGUAGCCAUCAAACUCGAGCCCGCCACCACCCCCGGCUCCACCCCCAGCAGCACCCGCAACACGCCCCUCAAGCAGGAAUCCAAGCUCUACAAAACGCUCAUGGGCGGCACAGGCAUCCCCUGGAUCAUGUGGUCCGGCCGCCAGGGCGAUUAUAAUGUUAUGAUUAUUGAUCUUUUGGGACCGUCCUUGGAGGAUUUGUUUAAGAGGUGUAAUAGGCAUUUUUCGUUGAAGACUGUGUUGCUUUUGGCGGAUCAGUUGAUAUCCCGCAUCGAAUUCAUCCACACAAACUCCAUCGUCCACCGCGACAUCAAACCAGCCAACUUCGUCAUGGGCACAGGCAAAGCGGCGCACAUGGUCAACGUCAUCGAUUUCGGCCUCGCCAAGCGCUUCCGCGACGCGCGCACAUCGGCGCAUAUCCCGUACAAGCAGGACGAUGUGCAUGGGGUUGGGACGUCGCUUUUUGCGGCGAUCAAUACGCAUUUGGGUGUUGAAUCAUCACGGCGCGACGACCUCGAGUCACUCGCAUACAUGCUCAUCUACUUCCUGCGCGGCACCCUACCCUGGCGCAAACUCCGCGCACCAACCACCCCUCCCCCCCUCUCCCUCCCCUCCUCUCCCUCCCUCACCCCCUCCGGCGCCGCCGCCCUCCAAAACCAGCACCAAAACACCUACAACCCCGUCUCCGCGACCUGGGACCUCAUCCGCGACGCGAAAAUCGCACACGAGCCGACAUUGACGGCGGGAUUGCCGCCGGAGUUUGAUGUGCUGUAUAGGUAUGCGCGGGGGUUGGAGUUUGAUGAUUUGCCGGAUUAUGAGGGGUUGAGGGCGCUUUUUAGGGGGUUGGCGGGGAGGGUGGGUGUGGAUUAUGAUGGGGUUUUUGAUUGGAGUGUUAAGGGCCCUGGGGAGGGGAAGGAGGGGGGAGGAGGGGAGGAGGGGAAAGCGGAGGCUGAGAGAGAGGGGAAGGGAGAGACGCAUGGGAGGGGUACGGGUGCGGGGGGGAGGAGGUAUUGUGAGGCGUGUAAUGCGCGGAGGAGGUAG